AUAUAGUGCAAAAUUUAUUAGGCAGGAAAAAGUUUUGGAGGCGUAAGCUCUAUGCAGAUGAGUACACGUGAGUCCUCGCUGGCGUGCUCUGAUCGCCACCCCGGACGAAGGGAGUUGGAAAACAUGGCUGCCCCAGAGCAAGUCCAGCAGGCUGUGCGCCCAGGAAGGGUCUUCGAUCCCGUGGCCCACGGCUUGGAUAAGUCUUUCCGACUCACGCGCUUUGCGGACCUGAAGGGAUGAUGUUGCAAGGUCCCUCAGGAGGUUCUGCUCAACCUCUUGGAGGGACUGCAAAAUCAGACGAUCCCAGAGGAGCAGGGGCAGUUUUUGCCGCCUCAUUUCGCUCCGAUAGGGAUCGGCAUGGACAGCUGCGUGGUCCCCCUGCGCCAAGGUGGACUCUCCCUGGUGCAAACUACAGACUUCUUCUACCCACUGGUUGAUGACCCUUACAUGCAGGGAAAGAUCGCGUGUGCGAAUGUGCUAAGUGACCUGUACGCCAUGGGUGUGAAGACGUGCGACAACAUGCUGAUGUUGCUGGGUGUGAGCAACAAGAUGUCAGACAAGGAGAGGGACACCGUGGUACCACUCAUCAUCAGGGGCUUCAAGGACCUUGCAGAAGAAGCGGGCACCAUGGUACAGGGAGGACAGACUGUUCUGAACCCUUGGGUCACUAUCGGUGGGGUGGCCACUACCGUCUGCCCACCCAACGAGUUCAUCGAGCCUGGUAAUGCGGUGGUCGGUGACGUGCUGGUGCUGACCAAGCCUCUCGGCACGCAGGUCGCAGUCAACGCUCACCAGUGGUUGGACGAGCCUGAGAGGUGGAACCGGAUCCGUCUGGUUGUGUCAGAAGAGGAUGUGGAGAGAGCGUACCAGGAGUCCAUGUUCCUGAUGUCCAAGCUGAACAGGACAGCUGCCAAACUGAUGCACAAGUACAACGCACACGGCGCCACAGACAUCACGGGAUUCGGGCUCCUGGGUCACGCCAAGAACCUGGUCCAGCACCAGAAGAACGAGGUCUCCUUCACCAUCCACAACCUCCCCGUCAUCGCCAAGAUGGCCGCCGUGGCGAAGGCGUGCGGGAACAUGUUCCAGCUUCUACAGGGGUACUCUGCCGAAACAUCGGGAGGAUUGUUGAUCUGUCUCCCUCGCGAGCAGGCUGCAUCGUUCUGCAAGGACAUUGAGGGCGAAGACAAACUACAGUCCUGGAUCAUCGGCAUUGUGGAGAAGGGCCAGCGCAAGGCUCGCAUCAUCGACAAGCCCAGAGUUAUCGAAGUCACCCCAAAGAUAGCGUAGACUUUGUAGUUUUAACCACUCCAUGAAAGAAGGGAUCUAUUGCAAGAAAAAAGAACUCGUAUGAAGAGGAAACAUGCCCGUAACGUAAGGAACGUCUGCCACUGAUCAGCAGGCUAUUUUUGUAGGAGCUCAGGCGUACUUAAUUCUACAUGUAACCGUGUCACUUUGUGCACCUUUUUAAUGGUAGCGGAGAAUCAAUGUUCAGCCCACAUCUGUAAGACUCUUAUACUGGCUAUAUGUGCAAAGUAUCUUUGCAUGGCAAGCAUGCAUACAGAGCUAGGCAUUCCAUAAUUACUGAAAGUUGCAUGCCCAUGUUAAGAGCAAGGUGUCUGUUAGAAGUUGUAACCAACCUUUUCCUAAUGUCUGUCGUACAAAAAUUUGUAGGAGUAGCAGCAGGAGUAGAGAAACGUACACCUCUGCACGUAACACAGCAGCCAUGCCGACUACUGUAUCUUUACCACGGCUGUUUCUCAGGGUUGAGCAGCCCUUAUGACAACAGCUUGGAGACGACACACAUGGUCGUUGGACUGUUCUGUCCCCCCUGCUGGCUAUUUUAAUGAAACCAGCCCCUGGAAACACUUGAUGGUGGAGGAGGUUGGUGGAUGGUACCAUGAUAGACAGUGGGGCAGGCAGACUGUUCAACACGAUGGCCACAAUUACUCUGGUACUACUUGUUAUAUAAGCUGUAAUUCGUUCCACCACUUUUAGAUGUUAUAUGUUAUUGUCCAGUUACUGACACUCAAUAAAGAAGUCUUUGGAACACCUGA